AUGAAGUGUGUAAUUUCACUCACGCUGGUAGGCCUUCUGGCACUGCUUCACGGUGUUUCACCACUCCCCACCACCUCUUCUUCUUCCUCGUUCGGAAUCGACUGGUCCGAGGUGCGUCCGAUCGAGGAGUUCGAUCACAUCAAAGCUCACUUCCGCACACCAACCACCGCGACACAAAACACUCCCAACCGUCGCAUCGUUAACGGACAAGAAGCACGCCCCGGUCAGUUCCCCUAUCAAGUGGCCCUACUUGGGCAGUUCAACAGCGGUGUUGGCCUAUGUGGUGCCUCAAUCAUUACCCAACGCUACGUCCUAACGGCGGCACACUGUGUCUACAUCGGGGUCGAUGCUAGUACGCCCGUCGCCAACGGUACCGCCAUCCUGGGCGCCCACAACCGCAUGAUCGAGGAACCGUCCCAGCAGCGCAUCACGUUCAGCGCGAGCGGAGUCAUUGGCCAUCCCGGGUACGAUCUGUUCGACGUGCGCAAUGACAUUGCGGUGGUGCGGCUAGACGAACCGAUCCUGUACACGGACCGGAUUCAACCGAUCCGUCUGCCGGGCCGGUCCGAUACGCGUACCUUUGCCGGGCUGAUGGGUACCGUGUCCGGGUACGGUGUGUACUCGACCGCUAACCCAGGGCUUUCCGAUGUGCUCAACUACGUACUGAAUCCCAUCAUAACUAACGCGGACUGUCGGGCCGCGUGGAGUGGAUUUGAGUGGCUGAUCGAGCCACAGAACGUCUGCCAGUCGGGUGAUGGAGGUCGUUCGGCCUGCAACAGUGACUCCGGUGGCCCACUGACGGUGCAGGAUAACGGGGAAAGCUUGCAGGUGGGUGUCGUUUCCUUUGGUUCGGCGGGCGGUUGUGACAAUGGCAUUCCGACGGUGUUUGCCCGCGUUACCUACUAUCUAGACUGGAUUGAGGCGAACUCGGACUUUACCCCGGAUCUGUGAAGGAGAGCAAUAGAAAAGGUUUAAAAUCGUAAACAUGGAUUUGUAGUAAUAAAUCGAGUUUAAAGCAUCAAACAACCGUUAUUCAUACAGUACAAGAAAUACAAUUUAA